UCUGAUUAGGGAGACAUGCAAAAUGUGCAGGGCAGGGGGUCCUCCAGGACAGAUACAGUCAUGAGUCCCUCAGUGCGCUUACAGGAAAUGAUCCGGGUCAUCCGAAGUGCCCGGACACAAGGUGAAGAGAGGGGCAUCAUCCAAAGAGAGUGUGCGGAUAUCCGAGCACAGUUUCGUCAGGGUGACAAUGGGGAGCGUUCACACAGCCUGGCAAAGCUCCUCUACGUGCACAUGCUGGGCUACCCUGCACACUUCGGCCAGAUGGAGUGUGUACGUCUGAUUGCCAGCCCCAGGUACAGCGAGAAGCGUGUUGGUUACCUGGGAGCCAUGAUGCUUCUAGAUGAGAAGCAGGAUGCUAGUUUACUGAUUACCAACUCAAUCAAGAAUGAUCUUUCCCACAGCAGUCAGUUUGUUCAGUCUCUGGCUCUGUGCACUCUGGCCUGCAUGGGUUCAGCUGAGAUGUGUCGAGACCUGGCAACAGAGAUCGAACGGCUCCUCAGGGCCUCUCAGUCUUAUAUCAAAAAAAAGGCCACGCUGUGUGCCGUUCACAUAAUAAGAAAGGUCCCAGAGCUCACAGAGCUGUUUACUCCUUCAGCAAGGACUCUGCUCUCUGAGAAGAACCAUGGGGUUUUGCAUGGGGCUGUAGUUCUUAUCACUGAAUUGUGCGAGCGUAACCCUGACACUCUUGAUCAGUUCCGCAAGGCUGUUCCUGAGCUGGUUCACAUCAUGAAAGGUCUCGUGACAUCCAGUUACUCUCCUGAGCACAAUGUAGCUGGAAUCAGCGACCCUUUUCUACAGGUUCGCAUUCUUAGAUUGCUGAGAAUCCUGGGUCACAAAAAUGACACUGCUAGUGAUGCCAUGAAUGACUUGUUGGCACAGGUGGCUACAAAUACAGACAGCAGUAAGACUGCAGGCAGUGCUGUGCUAUAUGAAACAGUCCUAACUAUCAUGGACAUCAACUCAGAGAGCGGGCUAAGGGUGCUAGCUGUAAAUAUUCUGGGAAGAUUUCUACUUAAUAAUGAUAGGAAUAUUCGCUACAUUUCAAUGACAUCUCUCCAGAAGAUUGUACAGACGGACCACAACGCAGUGCAGCGGCACAGAGGCACCAUUGUGGACUGUCUGAAAGAUCAAGACACCUCGGUGAAACGUCGUGCACUGGAACUGUCACUUGCCCUUGUGUCUGCCGUGAACAUUCGCUCGAUGAUGAAAGAGCUCCUCAUUUUUCUUUCAGUCUGUCCCCCAGAGCUUCGAUCUCAAACCGCUUCCGGCAUCUUCAACGCUGCUGAAAGGUAUUCCCCUUCUAAGCGCUGGCACAUUGAUACCAUCCUGCAUGUACUCACCACGGCGGGAGGCGAUGUAAGAGAUGAGACUGUGCCCAACCUAAUCCAACUCAUCACUACUGCAUCUGAGCUCCACUGUUACACUGUCCACAAACUCUAUAGAGCACUCGUAAAAGAUAUCGCACAGCAACCCUUGGUCCAAGUUGCGUGCUGGUGUAUAGGAGAAUAUGGAGACCUGCUGCUCAAGGGCGAGUGUGAGGAGAUCGAGCCUGUGCAGGUUACUGAGGAUGACGUUCUGGAUGCCUUGGAAACCGUUUUACAGUCUCACAUGACAUCGCCGGCAACCAGAGGCUUCGCACUCACUGCUACCAUGAAGCUGAGCACUCGUAUCACAGACAAUGUCGACCGAAUCAGAAGUAUUGUCAGUAUUUACGGCAGCUGCAUUGACCUGGAACUUCAGCAGAGAGCGGUUGAAUAUAAUGCACUCUUCAAGAAAUAUGACCACAUGAGAGCUGCGGUAUUAGAGAGAAUGCCUGUGAUGGACAAGAACUCACCUGGCCACACUGAUGGAGACACACCAGGAGAGAUUAAAGAGCCCGACACAUCCAAACCCAAACCUGUUGAAGCAGGUUUGCUCAUAGAACCAGCAAGCCAGGUGUGUGACCUUCUGGAUCUCUUGGGUGGGACAGACACACCUCUUCAGCCCAGCCCUGCCCCAACAAGCACUCCAACAGCUACCUCUAGUGCAGAUCUUCUCGACCUGCUGGGAGGACUGGAGCCGACACCAGUUCCUAGUGUGUCUGUCUACGAGAAGAACGGAUUGAGCCUGAAGAUCCAGUGUGACAAACAAACAGAAACCGAGGUCACGGUCACCCUUACUGCCUCUAACUCUACUCAGAAUGACAUCACCAACUUCACUCUUCAAGCAGCGGUACCAAAGAGUGUUCAGUUGCAAAUGAAGGCUCCGAGUGGUAAUGUGAUUCCAGCACAUGGCCUUGGUCAGGUCACACAGACUGUUUUACUUAACAACCCUAACAAGGUCAGCCUUAAGAUGCGGGUCCGUGUGGCUUACUCAAAUCAGGGUGCAAUUCAUCAGGACACAGUACAGAUUGACUCCUUUCCUAGCGCAGCCUGUCAGCCAUCAGUCAGCCCUUUGUGACAGACCUACACGUGUCCAGAAUCUCCAAGACUGUCUUUCCUAUAAAGAUGGAGAUCGCUGGAAAUAGGCAGCGGUUUGUCAACCCCUCUAUUAUGGACUAAACGCUGUCCCAGCACAGAUUUGAUACAACAGGUUUUUAUGAAGUGUUGUCUUAUUUUGAAUUGUCUGGAACAAAGUGUGGUUUCAUGUGCUGCCAUUACUGCUCAAGAUUAAACAGUCAAACUAA